AUGCGUCAGCGACGCUGGAUUGAAUUGCUGAACGACUAUGAUUGUGAAUAUAAGUACCAUCCGGGAAAGGCAAACGUUGUAGCAGACGCCUUAAGCCGUAAGGAACGGGUUAGAACUUUGAGAGUUCGAGCCUUAGAGAUGACAAUUCACACGGAUCUUACCACAAGAAUCCGUGAUGCACAACAAGAGGCACUUAAAGAAGAACAUCUUGAAACAGAUUCACUUCAAGGCAUGGAAAAACAGUUAGUGCCAAAGGAGGGUGGAACUUUGUACGUUGCAGGAAGAAUUUGGGUCCCACUAUUUGGAGGCCUUCGAGAUCUCAUUUUUGAGGAAGCACAUAGGUCAAAGUACUCGAUCCAUCCUGGAUCAGAUAAAAUGUUGACAAAGUCCGCACACUUCUUACCGAUUCGGGAGAAGGAUAGUACAGAGAAACUGGCGGAAAUCUAUCUCAGAGAAAUAUUGGCUCUUCAUGGAGUGCCUAUUUCAAUCAUCUCAGACCGAGAUGGUCGCUUCAUUUCAUGA